AAUCCCGGAAUCAGUCUGCAGGUGAGGGACUUCGUCGCCUAUUUAACCGCGCCCGCUCAGGACCGGGCACAUUCAGCGGCCAGCAGCCAUCAAGCCACCAUGAAGCUCCUCGCCACCGCAUCACUCCUCGUCGCUCUGGCCGUCGCCGUGCUGGCGAACCCAGGCCCAGGCUCCACGGCCUGCAAGGCCAGCUUCCCCGGAAUAUCCGAACCGCUCAAGACCUUCGCCGAGACGGGAGAAGCUACUCAGGACCUCAAGUGCUUCAUGAGCUGCGUCAUGCAAGACAAAGGAAAGAUGAUGUCCAACGGCACCAUCACCAUGAUGGAGCCGUCAGCCGAUGCUCCCCGCAUGCCCGAGUCCCUCUCCAAGGCCAUCGCUCCCUGCUUCGCCAUGACGCCAACCUCGGACCUGUGCGAGACCGCGUACCUGCACAACAAGUGCCUGUGGGACAACGACCCGGACAAGAAGUUCAUCCGCCUCUUCCAGUAGACAGCCGCAGAGAGCGAUGCCACCAAACCACGCCGAUUAGCCCCCCACUGUUAAUAAAUAGCGUGCAUUCAGUA